CGAUGACACAGCUCGGCCGCAUUUCUCUCUUCCGUAUACACAUUGUGACGCCUACUAAGAAGUUUCAAAGCCCCCGACGGAAGCAGUCGGUUUGAAACAACUCGUAGGGCGCAUAAGGAGCAAUAGUCCAGGAUACCUCUUCAAGACGCCAUUUCAUAUAGUCGACCGUCCAGUUUUUCAGCACCACCCAAAGAUGGGAGUAUUGACGGAUGCACUGUGGCCUGAUCUGUGCUUCCUCCUUUUCGCCUUCUGGACUAUGGCCUACGUAUACGCCUCGCGGCAUUUCAACUUCUGGAUCAAGCAAGAUGUUCCCUACAUAAAGCCCCUGCCUUUUCUCGGUAACUUUGCGGACAUUGUCCUGUCGCGCUUGAGUGUGGCCCAGCUGCUCAAGAAAGUAUACGAGGAACACGGGCACCAGCCGUAUGUGGGUAUGUUUGCCUUCGAUCAGCCGUUCCUUCUCGUGCGUGACCGUCGUCUGGUGAAGCACAUCUUGAGCAGCAAAGUCUCAGGCGCCUGGGACUGGAACAGUGCUGAUUGUGACCGGUGUCCUCUGGGACCCAGAAACAUAUUUGGCGCGAGUGACGAGAGAUGGAGAGUAACAAGAAGCAGAUUAAUACCCACAUUCACAGUUGAUGAAAUGAAACAAAUGUAUCAUCUCCUAAACGAAAUUGCCAUAGAUUUUGUGUCUUCAUUUGAGACAAGUGUUUUAGCAGGAAAGCCUGUGAAGGUGCAAGAAACAUUGACAGAACAUACAGCACAUAAACUUUCCAAGUGUAUAUUUGGAGCCCAGGGUAAUACACAGAAUGUUCCACAAUCCAUUUUGAAUUCUCACCUUUUUGAUAACAGAAGACCUUCUGUCAUCCAAGGAAUAAAAUAUGCUGCCACUUUUGUCAUGCCUUUUAUUAUGAAGCCUUUUGAAAGCAGUGAUGGGGAUACAGGAUUUGAAUCAGAAUUGGGUAAAACCAUUGCAGACAAUUUUUCAAAUCGUGAAAAACAUGGUUUAACACAAGAUGUCUUCCUGGAGCUUCUGAUCCAGAUAAAAAAUAGGAGACAUGUUUCUAAUGUGAAUGAGCCAACUAGGAGAAGGAAGCAAACUGAAAGCUACUCAAGGAAUUCCAAACCUGAAGAACAUCAGUUGGUGGGCCUGGACUGUCUGUCUCUAUUGGAAGACUUCAGUAUAUCAUUUCACAUAAUUAAUUUCACACUGUAUCACUUGGCACUCAAUCAAGAACUGCAGUCAAGUGUGAGGACAGAAGUUCAAAAAUAUAACACUUCACCUACAUAUGAGACUGUGGUCAGCAUGAAGCAACUGGAUAUGAUUGUAAAAGAGACAUUGCGCAUGUAUCCAGUCUUUGGCUUUUUGGGGUGUAAGACUACAGCAGACUGCAAAUUGCCUGGAACUGAUGUAACAAUCCCUGCUGACACAUGGGUUGCAGUUUCUGUUUGGGGGCAGCAUAUGGAUACAGCAUUUCAUCCUAAUUCAACUACUUACAACCCAGAACGCUUUUCUGAGAAAGAUAAACUGCAUAUUGAAGAAUAUACAUACAUGCCAUUUGGAGUCAGGAAGAAUAAUGAUACAGGAAUUAUGUUGGGUCUAAUGCACAGUAAAAUUGCUCUUGUGCAUGUUUUAUCAAAGUACUCCAUCGAUAUCUGUGAAGAAACUCCAGAAAUACUGAAUCUCAACAGCACAUACUUCUUAAGAAAUGCAGCCAAUGGGAUUCCUCUCAAAUUAAGGAAAAUCUGUUGAGAUCUCAGUCAUAAUGGACAAAAUCCUCAACACUGAAUGCAAGUGUGAUUCUAAGAUGAGUGUGUCCACAAAAAAAACUGCAUGAAAAGAAUUGCCAUCAUGGACACUGGAGUGGAAUUUUUCAGUGAAGUCAAGAAGGGCUGGCUGUUGAAAGUCUGAAGAAAAAAGUAACUUACUGUCGACAACCGUGCACGAAGUUUGAAACUACAGUUGUGACUAUGUAUAUUAAUGUUGUUGACAAACUGUGUGUGUUCUACAUUCUUGCCCAAUUCAUCAAUCUAUUGUGGGAUUCCUUCCUUCCAUCCUUCCACCUCCUCCUCCAUCUUCUUCUUCUUCUUCUUCUUCUUCUUCUUGCACCAAAAAAAUUGGAAAGUUUUCUUUUGUGGACAAAGGACAGUGUAAUCCAAUUGAGGAGCAGAUUCAAUAAUAUGGCAGGAGUUAAGGAAACCAGUACAAAGUAAAGCAUGUCUUUCUGCACUAUGUUCAAAAUUAUAUUAUUGUAUUGGUUCUCUAACAUACAGUAGCAGUAUGUGCAUCACAUACUGGACAAGUUUAGCUACAUACAAGGAAAGUGCAAACAUAUAAGAUCAAGGCGAUCAGAUAGCUGCAGUAUUUCUAGGUGCCUGAAAAGAAUUUGACUCAGUAACAUAUCCAACCCUAUAAAUGAGAGUACAAACCUGUGAGGUAUCAACCAAAAUUUAUGACUGAAUUGAGGAUUUCUUUGUACUGAGGGCACAAUGUAGCAGCAGCUUGAGGCAUGCCUCAAGAAAGCAUGUUGUGACACUUACUGUUCACAGCAUACAUUAACAGCCUGGCAGACAAUAUUAACUGCAACCUCACAUUGUUUGCAGAUGAUGCAGUUAACCAUAAUUAAAUACUAAAUGAAAAAGGCUGCACAAAUAUUCAGUUAGAUCUCUAAAGAACUUUGAAGUGGUGCAAAGAUUGGCAACAUGCUUUAACUAUUCAUAAACGUAAAACUGUGCACUUCAUGAAAUACGAAAAAGUAAUAUCCUAUGACUACAAUAUCAAUGAUUCACAACUGGAUUUAGUCAUCUCAUACAAAUACCUAAGUGUACCAGUUUGUCCGGAUAUGAAAGGCAAUGAUCACAUAGGCUCAGUCACAUGUCAAGCAGCCGACACUUCCAUUUACUGGUAGAAUACCAUGAAAUGCCAUCAGUCUACAAAGAAGAGUGCUUACAACACACUUGUGCAUCCCAUCUUAGAAUGUUACUUAAUUGCGUGGGACCCAUACCAAAUAGAACUAAUAGUAGAUAUUAAGAAGCGGUAUACAGUCGCACAGCUGUCUGAACCAUGUGAAGUGGCCAAAGCUUAGAGGUAGACAUUAACUAUCCCAUAAAAACCUAUACAUGAUACUGCAGUGACGUACCACUUUUCCCUAAGCAUGAUGUAGAGGCAGUAUGGAUAUCUUUUGACAUAAUAAACAUAAAUGAAAGUGUCUGGAACUCAUAUAAAAUGUCCCUAUACUGUAACGACAUGCUGCAAAUGGUAGCUGCCAGUAGCCAUCAGUUAAACAAAUGGUGCUCGUCUAAGUUACCCUGCUAAACUUGACAAAGACUUACUUUGUAAGCAAUGCAUGGUCUCACACUUAGGCAUCUAAAACUAAACUAAUUGCCCCAUCAGUUAUUUACCCUACUAGAAAAGUAUUAUUGUAGCUACUUCAAGACCACUCAAUAUCAUCACCUGCUUCCAUAAGAUUAAAAAA